ACCAAUUGAAUUGCGCAUUUAAUCGUCUUUUUGGCAACUAAAUCCAUACAAAGGUAGCAUUUUCUUCUGGAGACAUUGUAUUUCAACAAAAUAAAGCAUCAUUUCUUGGACAUCAAGAAAAAAUUGUCGAUUCGUUGAGUAUAAUUGGAUAUUUUUCGAUUUUUCUGGACAUCAGGAAAAAAGAUCGGCCAGUUCAAAAUGUCAUCGAAUGUCACUGGCAGUGUCGGCGUGAAUCAAAUAAAGCUCACGGAUCUCAUUGACGAUUGCCUUGAGCAUAUUUUCCUGUAUCUGGAUUAUGACGAUCUAAUCCGAGUUGCUCAUACAAACAAGCAAUUAAAGCCAGCUGCUGAUAUGGCGUUCAUGGGCAAAGCUGGCAAAAAGAAAUUUCGCUUGCACGUUGCAAAUUCGCGUCGUAUCAGCGACGUCACCGAGCAUACUUUCGAAGUGUUCAAGUUAAAAACAUCGUUGCGAUUGUUACGCUGUUUCGGUCACUUGAUGUCCAAAUUGCACAUCGACACAUUCCACGCAAUAAAUCCGAAUCCUUCGCGUGAUCUCAACCUUGUGCUUCGAUAUGCAAAAGAAUUCUGUGCUGAAACGUUGACCAAACUGUCAUUGCACUACAUUUCCGACGGUGUAUUUGAUUCAGUGAUCACAAAGCCAUUUGCCAAGGUUGAAAACGUCGAAAUAUUGCGAUGCAAAUUGGGCGUAAACAUGACAAAUUUCAAUGCAUGGUUUCCGGCGAUGCGCCGCUUGGAAUUGACAAGCAAUCAUUUCGUUGACUGUACGGCGAUCGCAAUGCAUUUCCCUCAUUUGGAACAUUUGGGCAUUGUUGGCGGUGGUAUGCUUCAAACCAAAUUCAUCCGAGAUGCUAUUCGUUUGAAUAAACAAUUGACCAGUUUUGCUCUGGAUCGAGCCUAUUCGCCCGAAUUCUUUCGUUACGUCAGCAAACUAUUGCCACAAUUGGUCGACGUCAAGUUUCGCGGCUAUCCGAAAGAUUUUUGCGCAUUUCGGGACAACGUGAUCAACUUCAAGGGCGUGAAGAAGUUGGAAAUUGGCUUCAUUGGUGGAAUGGAGCAACAAACGGUGUCCAACAUUAAAUUGUCAUUCGAUCGACUUGAAGAAAUUACACUAGAUUUGGCCAAAUACAACUGUGACAGUGGACUGUUCACAUUUCUCAAGCAACAUCAAUCUAUCGUGACAUUGACGCUACGAUCAUCGAUUGACAGCACAGAAACCCCAAACAUCAAUGAAGGCCUUUUGACUGAUAUUGUGCAAACGUUGCCGCUGUUGAGCGAGCUCAACUUUUUUGGUGUCUAUUUUUCAAUCGACGACUUGUGUGAGCUGUUGAAUAACUUCAAUUUGCUGAAAUACAGCUUUUCCGUCGAAAAUUCACUUCUUUUUGACAACCUGAAAAUCCGUCUUGACAACAAAUGGCAAGCCACCAUCGAUGAUGGAUGCGUCAAAGUUGAACGCAACAUUUGAAGAACCAAAGUGAUGACUUUCGGAUUCGACAACUGAUUCAAACUAGCAUAAGGUAAAAUUCAACAACUGUGGCUUAGAUCGAAACUUAUUGCUCGGCAGCCUCAGAACAUAAUUGAAAAACAUAUAAAACUGAAUUGGAAAUUGAAUCAAAGUUAAAAUAAGGACAAAUAACAAAACACAUACAAUUAAGGGACCUAUUUCAAAUUUACGCUUCUUUUAAACCAAUGUUUUCAUAUAUUUUUCACUUCCUUUUCAAUUUUUUUUAGGUUUAGACACAAAAAAGUGAUUCCAUUUGAAAAUUUACUCUAAAAAAUUUUCCGAAAUCGGAAAUCAUUCUACUGAAAAUGUCAAACAAUCAAAUCAGUCAAAAUUGAAUGGUAUGGCUCAUUCAAAAAUGUAGACCGAUUUUUUAAAAGAAAAUCUCUUCAAAAGAAUUGUAAUGAAUAAAAAUGUGAAUUAAAGAAAUGAAUCGCAAAAAUUAUA